CUUUUUAAAUGCAAAUCUUCUUCGGAGGGCUAGUAGUCGCUAUAUUACCCCGGUGCCUCCCUCCCUCCAUCCCUCCCUCUCUCCACGUCACCUGCCUCUGGUGGUGGGCCAGGCCAGGCCAGGCCAUUCCUAAGAGAGCCUUGUCAACACAUCGCUCAUCCUUCUGAGCGCAGCGCGGCUGCCUGGCCAACGGCGCCGGCUCCCCUGAGGGACGCCAGCCGGCGCUCUUCGCUUCUCUGAGCCCCGAGGAAGCCUCAGCCGCGGGCUGGGAGCCGACCCUCGCACCACAGCCAGGCACCCCACAGGAACGGGGUGGGAAGCCCAUCGCUGGCCCCCUCCCAGCAGCAUGUGGAGAAGCGUCGCUCGCCUCUGGCCACCAUGUACGUGAGCUACCUGGUGGAGAAAGAGGCCCCCUCCAUGUACCCGGGUUCGAUGCGCCACGCCGGGGGGCUGAACUUGGCCUCCGCGCAGAACUUCGUGGGCGCCCCGCAGUACCCGGACUACAGCGCCUACCACGUGCCCGCCGGGAUUGGGCUGGACAACGCGCAGUCUCCCGGAUCGCCCUGGCCAGGCACCUAUGGCGGGCCCCUCCGCGAUGACUGGAACGGCUACGGGCAGGGGGGUGUCCCGGGGGCGGCAGCCAACGCAGUGCACGGACCCGCUGCGGCAGGCUUAGCCUACAGCCCGGCCGGAGACUACCAUCCGCACCUCCACCAUCACCACCCUACGCAGGGACCGCCGGCGCCCCCCUGCUCCGGGGUCCACUCUUCCGGAGGGCUGAUGCAGUCGCUCAACUCGCCUGAGCAGCUCUCCCCUGGCGGCCAGCGGCGAAACGACUGCGGCUGGAUGAGGAAACCUCCGGUGGGGGGACCCGUGAAAACCAGGACGAAAGACAAGUAUCGCGUGGUCUACACGGAUCACCAGCGGCUGGAGCUGGAGAAGGAGUUUCACUACAGCCGUUACAUCACCAUUCGGAGGAAAGCCGAACUGGCAGCCAAUCUGGGAUUGUCAGAGAGACAGGUAAAAAUCUGGUUUCAGAACAGGCGGGCAAAGGAAAGGAAAAUCAACAAGAAGAAGUUGCAGCAAUCUCAGCCAGGGGUUGUGCACAGUGGAUCAGAACCCAUGAGCCCAGUGUCCUCCAUGCAGCCAGGGACAACUGGCUCUGGCCCCAAUGGAGGAGGAGUGUUGGGUGCUCCUGGUUUAGUGCCACCCACUGCACAGUGAGAACUGCUGGAACUAAAAGACUGAGCAGCUGGAGACUUCCUGCUCUCCUUAUUUGAAGGGGAGGAACAUAUGCACACCUGGUGAGAAAGGCCACUGGUCCAUCAGUGAAAUUGAUGAUGUGACACUGUAGCUCUGCUUCCCAUCUGGACUUCUUCACACGGGAGGGACUUCUCUACACAGCAUCACACUCCAGCUUUUGUUGUUGUUGUUGUUGUUGUCCUGCACAUUUGUACAAAAUGUACUGUUCGCAACCCAAGUUGUGUGGGGUUGGGGGGGGAAGGGAGUUGAUCCCUUCCCUGUAAUUUGCUUCAUUUUGUUUCCACGCUCGUGGUAGGUGCCACGUAACUGACACUUCUCUUCACAAUGAAAAACAGUUUCUCAGGGAAUUGGGCCUGGAAUGCCUUUUGCUGUUUGUUUCUUCUUGUUGUCAUUCUUGUGUUUUAUCACCAAUGUUGUUGGGCGAAUGAUAAAUUUUAAUGGGAAAAAGAAGGAAAAAA